GGACGCGAAUCGGUCUUCUCCAUCCUCUCUCUCUGGUCUUUACUAGGGUUUAUCUAACACAGAGAACAAAAGGGUUUUAGGGUCUUGCUCCAGAACCCGAAUUGUUCAUCUUGGUUUGCUCUGUGAUCCAAAAGAGAGAUGGGGAAGGCAAAGAAAGGCCCCAAAUUCGCAGUCAUGAAGAAGGUGGUCACCAAAAAAGCCAUCAAAAAUUACAAAGAGGAGGUCUUGAAUCCAAAGAAGAAGGAUAUCAGCAAAGAAAAGCUGCCCAGAAAUGUGCCGAAUGUUCCUUCGGCUUUGUUCUUUGAGUACAACACUGCUUUGGGGCCGCCUUACCGGGUUUUGGUUGAUACCAACUUCAUCAAUUUCUCUAUCCAGAACAAGUUGGAUUUGGAGAAGGGGAUGAUGGACUGCCUCUAUGCAAAGUGCACUCCUUGUAUCACAGACUGUGUAAUGGCAGAGCUUGAGAAGUUGGGUCAGAAAUAUCGUGUAGCUCUGAGGAUUGCUAAAGAUCCCCGUUUUGAGAGACUACUGUGUACUCAUAAAGGAACCUAUGCUGAUGACUGUCUUGUUGAGAGAGUCACCCAGCAUAAAUGCUACAUUGUCGCUACAUGUGAUAGAGAUUUAAAGCGAAGGAUCCGAAAGAUCCCUGGUGUGCCGAUCAUGUAUAUCACUCAACACAAGUACUCAAUUGAACGGUUGCCUGAAGCAACAAUCGGUGGAGCUCCAAGGUAUUGAUGAUGGGAAUCAAUCCUCCUGAAGAAUGGUUUCUACCUGUGAUUCGCAUCAUAUGCUCAGACCAACCAACUAUGCCAUGGUAGAAAGUUCUUACCAACUUAUUGGAACUUUUUUGAGAAGACAUGUUAGUGCAUAUGUAUUACUAUAGUUGAAUCUCCUUGUAGGACUCUGCUAGUUUUAGCUUGAUUGUAACUCCAGAGCUAUCAUCUGUACUGGAACAGCUUAUAAUUAUCAGGUUUCCACAUGCAAGAGUAAGGC